AUGAAACAUCAUUCGAACAAGGCGAACAAACCAAAGAGUUCUAAACCUCGUUUGAGUCCCGAAGAUUUACAGAAACGUUCUCAUCAUUUCAGGAAACAAUUGACUCAUGCUCUGAAGAAAGCUGUUGGGUUUGAGCGUCAAAAACUUGCCCGAAGAAUUAAAAGCGCUAGAGAGCAGCAAGAGAAUGACAAGGUUGCUAGAUAUGAAAAAGAGUUCGAUUUCUCAAAAAAAUAUGAUUUUUCUAAACUUACAGAGUUUUGCUUUCACCGAAAAGUUCUGCGUAAUAAAGAGUAUCGAAUUUUGCUUGACGAACAUAAACCGGUGGAAUUCCCUUCAGAUAUCACGAAUGAUGAAGAAAAAAAUGUUGUCGCACGCUUACUGAAUUCGAAUCCUAUUUCUGAAUCCGUCAACGCUACUUGUCGCCUUCUAGAUAAAUGCAUUUUAAUGAACAAUCCAGAGGCGGAUUUUACAAAAUCUAGGGAUCAAAAUAUGUCAUUAACGGCUGAACCAAAAUUACAUCCUGAUGGUGUUCGUCGAAAUCCUUCGCUGAACUUAGACAAGUCAGAGACCGAAAGUGAACGAGUACAGCAAAAGGAACCAGAGAAACAUGAACUCUUUACUGAAUCCUCUAUCUCUCCAGAAAAGAAUGCUUCUAUUGAGCAACCCCAUGAAGAGAACUUCAGACUUGAGAAGCGUAAAGUCUCAUCAGAGGAGGAUGUAAAUCUGGAAGACAAAAGAAAUACAACCAUGGAAGACAAUGAUACGGAAGAUGAAAUGUUUACCAUCCCAUCCACGAAGUCAUCUGCUAAUAACAUUCCAGAGCUUGCUACCGGCUUUCUUGAUCCGUUAGGCGAGGAUGAUGAAUUUGUUGAAAAAGAAAUGGACGAAAUGGAUCGCCCUAAAAGAAAGAAUCGUCGUGGACAGCGUGCUAGACAAGCUAUUUGGGAGAAGAAAUUUGGAAAGACUGCGAAUCACGUCGUUAAAAAGAAGGAACAAGAACAACUAGAACGAGAAGAACGUCAACAUAAAUUCAAUGAGCGUGAAGCUAAGCGUGCACAAAAAGCGGCCAUAGCGACUUCACAAGAACCAGACAAACUUCAUCCAUCAUGGGAAGCUAAGAAAAAGCAGAAACUACAGCCAGCAGGUACUUUCCAAGGAAAGAAAAUCGUUUUUGACUAA